AUGGAGCAGCAGAUCCUACAGGCGGUGGAGAUCGCUUUGAGCGGCACGGCAGACGCCAGUCUAAAGAACCAGGCGAUCCAGUUUGUCAACGAAAUCAAAGCCACAGAAGAAGGAUACAAAACAUGUCUUGAUCUCUUGGUGGCGAGCCCAGCAGGGACCAAGUUGAACGACGGGCUUCGCUUCUUCAUUUUCCAGGUGCUCGACGAGAACAUCGACAAGUUGACCCAAGAACAGUUGUAUACCUUGAACACAAGCAUGUUCAAGUACCUCAACGACAUCAUUGCGUUGGACGGCGACGAUGCCGUCUACUUGCGGAACAAGUUGGCCGACGUGUUUGGCCAUCUCUUCUGCUUGGUGUAUCCGUCCGUGGACGCCGAUUUUUUGAAGACGUUGCUUUUGUUGGCACUGUCCAACAACAUUCUUAGCGUCGACUACUACUUGCGCAUCAUGAUCCUGAUCCACUCUGAGAUUGGCGACAAACUCAUUUCCAGAACACGAGAAACCCAGGACCGCAACAACGCCUUGAAGGACUUGAUUCGUGAGCGGGACAUGCCGCAACUUGUCCACAGCUGGAAAACAGUGUUGCAACUGGUGAGAGACGAAACGGCGCAGGGAAAUGCUCUCAAGUUGGUGGGGUACUAUGUGGACUGGAUGGAUUUCACGUUGUUUAUCCAGAACGGCUUCUUGCCUCUCAUUUACGAUUUUUUGUCCGUGUUCGAGUUGAGAAGACAAGCAUGCCUGACGCUUGUGGAAAUCAUCUCGAAGAAAAUGAAGCCCGCCAGCAAACUAGAGCUCAUUAGCAUUUUAGAUUUGGCGUCGAUCAUGGGCUCGUUGAAAGACAACGAUGUCGAUUUCAUCGAAGACAUGUCCCGCCUAGCCAACCAGAUGGGGCUUGAGUUGACCAUAGUUUUGGAAAACGAUGCAUCUUUGCUUCCCGAAAUCAACGCGCUACUUCACAAGUUGUGGCCGAUUGUCUUGGACUUCUUGGGCCACGACUACGACGAUGUUUCUCUGCAAGUUUUCCCAUUCCUCCAGCUGUUCUUGCUUCUCUGCAAAAAAGUGCCCGCUUUGGCCACAGACGACUUGUUGUCGACCAUAUUGAGAAAAGUCAUUGACAAGAUGAAGUACGAUGAAGACGACGAUCCUUUUGACGACGAUGAAGACUUCCAAGAAGUCCGUCUGCGCUUGAAAACUGUGCAAGAUACCAUUGCCGUGUUAAGACCACCAUUGUACUUGGAAAUUGUUCCUGCAGUGAUAGAAAGCACCAUUUUCAACAGCACAUCGUUGAGUUGGGUCUCUGUCGACUUGGGUCUCUAUGUGUUGAGCAACUUUGCCGACUCGUUGAAGAACAACUUGAUCAAUCUUCCGAAAAACGAAAUCGCCACGUCAAAGCCGUACCAGGCUGUGCAAGACUUUUUGGUGAAACUCAUUAACAACUUCAGUUUGAUCAGCCACCCGAAGAACCAGUUGGGUUUUUUCGAGUUGAUUAUCCGCCACUUUAGCACAAAAACUUUCAAUAACACCACCAACACGAGCUUGGAGGAGUUGGUGACAAAAAUUAUAGAACUUUUUUCCGAGUAUGGCUUGUUCAAUUCAGUGGAAAGCGUCAGAUUGAGAACCUGGUAUCUCUUUUUCCGCUUUGUCAGCGCCACCAAGCCUAAAUUGAACGAGUUUGUUUUGGAAAAUUUGUUGAUGAAAGUCCAGCCUUUGCUUGUGAUCAAAGCAGAAUUACCCACGAGAGACGAGGACGACGACUUGAUUGAAAACGGCAACUUCAACAGCCAGCUUUAUUUGUUUGAGUCCGUUGGUAUGUUGGCAUCUUUAACCGGAUCCCCAGCCACCACAGCCAAGUGCGUCGAUCUUUUGUUCCAACCUCUCUUCAGCAGCUUGGAAACAUGUAUUUCUCGCGAGGACAAAGAUGUCAACCCAUUGAUUCCUUUGCAAGCCCACCACUUGCUCAUGGCCACGGCUACAGUAAUCAAAGGCUUGGAUACACAGGCCCCAGGAAGAAGUUCCCCUUUCAAGUCUGAUGAAAAUUUGGCCAGCAAGAUCAGCAACUCGUCGCAGGUUGUUUUGAUCACGUUGGAAAACUUCAACAAGUUUGAGAGUGUGAGAGACGCCUCUCGUUUUGCAUUUGCACGGUUGAUGCCUAUUUUGGACAUUCAAUCCAGUGCCCAUUUGAGCAAGCUCGUUUCUUUGAUCUUGGCGGCGCCCAACUUGAAAAUCCAGGAGCUUGGGGACUUUUCGGGUUUUGUUGGACAGAUUGUACACCAGUUCAAAAACAACGAUGCAAUUUUCCAGUUGUUGAACGACUUGUUGACACCUAUGAUCCGCAAGAUUUUUGAGAUGCUUCUGAUGGAGGAGGAAAACAACCCCAACUUGGUCCGGGAAAAAUACGCUUUAAAGCGGGCGUUGCUUACGUUUCUCAGCAUGAUUGUUCUUAACAAUCAGUUUUCCUUGCUCUUGACUGAGACAAACAAACCCAUCUUUCCUCAGCUCUUGACUUCUUUGGUCGAUUACGCAUGCGAUUUAGAAGACACUGCCACUACAAAAUUGGCCGUGACCCAAUUCGGAAACGUCAUUACUGUUCUUGGAUGCCAUGGUGGUAAAAUCAAGGAUGAAAAGGACAAGUUUGCUGCGGCUCUCGCACCAAUUGAAGGAAUCGACGACUAUUUGAUGGAAAACACCGUGAAAUUGUGCUUUGCAUUGCCUUUCCAGCAGCAGGCUUUCGACUUGAAGGAUGCACAGCUCCGUAAUGUUGCUCUGGAGCUUUCGCUGUUGCUCAAAAUUUACCAGGAACAGCUGACUCAGCAAGAGUUUGUGAACUAUUUGGGCAACUACUUGACUAAUAUGGGUUUGGCCCAGGAUAUUGCAUCGGACUUUUGCGGCAAGCUAGUGGAGUUGAGCGCAAAGGACUUUAAACGGUACUAUGUGAGCUUUUUGACGGAGUUCAAAAAGUGA